GCACGCUGUUAAAUUCAGUAUUAAGUCUGCAAUAGUAGUGUAUGUGUGUGUUUGUGGAAAAUAUAGUUCAGUGCUAUUUCUGUGAUUUGAAUGUAGUGUGAAUAUUUGUAUAAAACAACCAAAUUACUAAUGAAAGGAUAAAAUCGUGCGCAUGCACAUAUUAAAAAUCGUAUCUUCAUUGUUUUAUCUUAACAAUUGAACAACUGUUCAUUAUCUAAUGCCUUACUAAAGUUGUAUUCGUCGCUGAUCUCAUAUAAAACAAUUAAAUAGUAAUUCUGUAAUAGAGAAAUUAAAUAUAAGGUAUAUUAAACGUGAAUGUAUUUAAAAAAAAAUUAUGGUAAUAUCUAGCAAUGGAUUACAAAUAAUGCCAUACGAAUAAAUACAAGCUAUAUCUAACGAUACGUAUAAUAACGAUAGCCUGAUAAUAAAUACGUGUAUAUCAAGCAGGAAAAUAUCGUGACGAUAAAGUCUAGUACUCCUCCAAAGCUAACAACAUGCAAACAUCAAAGUUACGCCCGGUGUUUUGUUUGUUAAUCAACAAAAAUUUUACCAGGAAUAUAACUGUUAACAAUACUGUGGUAAAAGAAACUGAGGAGACAAUACCUCAGGGUAAACCAUGGCGGGAAAUACCAUCACUACCAUCGUUGCCCAUUAUUGGCCAACUUCACCAUUUACUACCUGGAGGCUUCUUGUACAAUCUAUCAUCAAUGGAAUUCAUGACAAAAAUGAACAAAACUUAUGGCCCUAUAACUAGAUUCGAUCCUCUAUUUGGUGCUCCACCACUUAUAAUUCUUUUUGACGCAGAAAGUAGCGCACAAAUUCUUCGAGGAGAAAACUGGAUGCCAGAAAGACCAGGAUUUUUAUCACUACAGUAUUACAGGAAUUCUUACAAGAAAAACAAAUCUGAGUUAGCUGGACUCCUGACUGAUCAUGGAGAAAAAUGGAAGAAGUUUAGAUCUAUGGUCAAUCCUGCUAUGCUGCAACCAAAGACUAUAAAACUGUACAGUGAGACCCUCGAUGAAGUUGCGCAAGAUAUGAUUACCAGAUUAAAAUCAUUACGUGGAGAAGACAAUACAAUUAAAAGUAAAUUAGACGUCGAAAUAAAUUUAUGGUCAUUGGAAUCUAUCGGAGUCGUUGCACUGGGAGAUCGCCUUAACUGCUUAGAUCCAAAUUUACCAGAAAACUCGCCUGCAAGGAAACUCAUUAACGUUGUUCACGAUUUCUUUACAGUAUCCGAAGCAUUAGAUUUCAAACCAAGUCUUUGGAGAUACAUCUCAACGCCUAUCUUCAAGAGAGCAAUGAAAGUAUAUGAAGAUCAAGAAAAUUUGACCAAAUACUUUGUGGAUGAAGCGAUAAAAAAACUUAAAACGAAGAAUGCCAAUGCAGAUGAAGAAAGAGGCGUCCUAGAGAAACUACUUGAAAUAGACGAAACUGUCGCACAUAUUAUGGCAUGUGACAUGUUAUUUGCUGGUGUAGAUACGACUGGCAACUCAGUUCUCUUUAUGCUUUAUUUACUCGCAUCAAAUCCUGAAAAGCAGGAUAAAUUGAGAGAAGAAAUAAGGUCACAACAUGAGACAAGGCCGUACUUAAAAGCUUGCAUUAAGGAAUCUAUGAGGUUAAUGCCAGUCGUAUCUGGAAAUUUGAGAAAAACGACCAAGGAAUAUAAUGUGUUGGGUUAUAACAUACCUAAAGGUAUGUUUGUCACGUUCGCUCAUGAAAUUAUGUCUUCAAUGGAAACUUACUACCCUAGACCCAAGGAGUUCAUCCCAGAGAGAUGGCUUGUAGGGAAAGAAGAUCCUUUGUACUACGGUAAUGCUCAUCCAUUCACCACCAGCCCAUUCGGAUUUGGUGUUCGCGGAUGUAUAGGACGUCGCAUCGCCGAGUUGAAGAUAGAAACAUUCAUAGCAAGGCUGGUACAAAACUUUAAAGUGGAAUGGUUCGGACCACCGCUUAACAUAAAGAAUUCAUCAUUGAACUACGCUUCUGGACCUUUUAAUUUUAUUUUUAAAGACGUCUAAUCAUUUGUCCACUGUUUUUGGGCUAUCAGUAAAUUUUAAUAGAAUAUAAUGUAUCAUAAAGAUACUUGAUGAAAUAUUUUAAAAAAUUAUUAUUUAUUAAGCUAAUACUUUUAUUUACAUUACAUUGUACAAAUAAUAGAUGUAUGGAAAAAUAUAAUUAGAACAUUCAAAGUGCAUUCAGAGAUAAGUCUAUAGUACAAACAUAAAAUAUAAUACCUACACGUACUAAUAUUUAAACGUGGUAAUGAUGACAAACAAAACGUGAGUAAUAUUUGUCGUCGUUACAACGCAUCGGAAUAUUUGUUUUUCGUUAUUAAACAGCGAUAACGAAAAACAUAAAUAUCCGUUUUAUUAUUUUUAAAAUCAGAAUAUAUUUGUUCUGUUUUUUUUUUAUUAUUAUUAAAAUGAACAAUUUUGUAUGUACAUAAUUUGUAUAAUAACUAAAAUGUUAUGAUAUCUUCACCAAUUUUAAAAAUACUUUUGUAAUCAUUAUUUACAAAAAUUUUAUUUAUUUCUAUUUUUAAUUUAUAAAUUAUUAAUAAUAAUUUAAUUAAUAAAUUAUUCGCUAAUGUUUAUUUAUGAACAAUGAUCAGUUUGAAGUGUUGCUUUAUAACAACACCAUUUGUAACACAAUUAUUGCAUCUUCGUUAUCAAACGAUCAUUAUAUUUUUAAAUGAAAUAACUA